AUCUAACAAAAUGACAGUGACAUUUAAAAAAAAUACUUCUGAAAGCAAUAUGGUGGAAGCGGUGGCUUCGAUUUUGCUCUUCGAAUUGUAUUGAUAUUUACAGGUUUUGGAACCAUUUUAUUUAAAGAUAUGUCGUCCACGGAACCUUCACAGAAUAAAACAUGGGAGCUCUCCCUGUACGAACUCCAUCGGAUGCCCCAGGAGGUCAUAGUGGACGCUACCGAAAUCGCUGUGUCUCCACGGAGUCUACACAGCGAAUUGAUGUGCCCCAUUUGUUUGGACAUGCUCAAAAAGACUAUGACAACAAAGGAAUGUCUACACCGUUUCUGCUCAGACUGCAUAGUUACUGCCCUUCGUUCUGGUAACAAGGAAUGUCCAACAUGUCGUAAAAAGUUGGUUUCAAAAAGAUCUUUACGGCCAGAUCCUAAUUUUGACUUAUUAAUUUCGAAAAUAUAUCCCAGUAGGGACGAAUAUGAAGCUCAUCAGGAGCGUUUAUUGACGAAGUUGAGCAUGUCUCACUCUCAGGCAUCACUAGUUAACUCAAUCACGGAAGGGAUCAAGUUACAAUCUCAAAACAGGCCUCAAAGGUCUAGGAAAAAUCAUGAGGAUAAUAGUAAUCCUUCAAACUCAAAUGGUAAUACAGAAGCUCAGAAUGGCAGUAGUACAUCAGCUCCUAAAGACAGUACAUCAUCAGUGCCUGGGACUGGUAAUCCGACUCCUCCAAGUCAGUCCACCUCAAACCCUGCUUCAGUGAGGAGUACACCAUCGCCAGUUCUGUCUGGAGUCAGCUCAGUGUCAAAAAACACCAGUACAACCAAAAGGGCCAAAUCAGUCAUAACUUCAGAACAUAGUGAAAGUGAAUCCAGUGAUGGAAGGACAGAAGGUGAAAAUUCCAUGGACACGGAAGGAGAGGGGGAGCCUCUGAACCCAAACGAAAUAGAGUUGGUUUUUAAGCCCCAUCCCACUGAAAUGACUGGAGAUAAUUCACUUAUGAGAGCCCUUAGGGAUAGCUCAGUCAGAUAUUUAAAGACUACCGCUAACGCUUCAGUUGACCACCUCAGUAAAUACUUAGCCAUGCGUCUCACACUUGACCUGGACGCGGAAUUACCUGAAGCAUACCGUCUUCUCAACUUCUGCAUCUAUGUGGCUCCAUCGCCAGGCCAAUUUGUACCGUUGGCUGGCUCACAAACAUUGCGGCAAAUCAAUGAUAAGUUCUGGAAGGUACCUACCGUUGUCAACAAACCAUUGGAGAUGUACUACUCCUGGAAGAAAACCUAGAAGUAAAUAGCAUUUUAGUUAUGUUUAUUUUCAUAACUAAAAUGGGUUUAAAGUGAUAAUAUGAUGCAGUGAUAAUUUUAAUAAUAUAUCUAGCAAUUUUAAUAACUGGAGGAUUGGACUCAACCAAAAUUAAUUAAUAUUCAAUCGAUUGAACUGAAAAUGUUUUAUUAAGGAACUUUGGAGAACAAGUUUUCUGUAAGUUAGGAUAAGAGGAAUGAAAAUCGGUAGCAAAAUUGCUAAUGAUAUACCUAAUAUGAAAUUUAAUUUAUAUGGGAAUGUACAGUUUAUGUGCAAUAAAUGUAAAAAAAAACUAGAGAUUUUUAAUACCC